AUGAUGAUGCCCAAGCAACUCAAGCUCCGUUUGGCGAAUGAGGACAACCUUAUGACUUACAGAAAUAGAGAGAAGCAAAUCAGGGUUGCUUCUGAGAGUUCUGGAGGCAAGAGAUUUAUGUCGGCAAGGUCUGAUUUGUCUGUUUUGUUUGGGGCUCAAUUGAAGCUCUGUUCCUGUACUUCUUCCUCUGUUUUCUGCAUGCAACAAUACCUCUGCUGUGCACUCCAGCAGAGUCGUCAUCUUUUCAUUCCAGCAGUUUCGAUGCGUUUGAGGCUUAAAAGGACUUGUUCAGGGGUGGAGUGUUUUGGAGGAUUUCACAUAAAUCGAUUAUCAACUUUUUUCUUCUUCUUUAAAUGCCCUCUUACUUGA